CCUAACGGCUCUCAGCUCUGCCCCUCCCCCCCCCCCCCCCCCGCACCUCUGUCUCUGCUUGUCAGCACCUCUUUUGAUGCUCCCCUACCCAAUGAGUUCCCCUACUCAUUUGAGUUCUCCAAUUUCUGCUUCAGUUAAUCUCCCUCUCUCUCUCCAAAACCCUCAUUUGCCCAUCUGAGGCUCUCUCUCUCUCUCUCUGAUACGCAAUCCCUCGAGGCUUCAAGAGGGCGGUUUUGCGUGCUGCAGUCUCUUAAUGUGAGAAAAAAAAAGAGAAUUUAAGACCCAGCUUUUCAGAUUCUUCAGAACGGUAGAUUUUGUAAAAAGAGGCAAAUGGGUUGUGCGCAAUCGAGAAUAGAGAAUGAGGAAGCUGUGUCGCGUUGCAAGGAGCGGAGGAACUUCAUGAAAGAAGCCGUUUCCGAGAGGAAUGCAUUCGCCGCCGGCCAUUCUGGCUACGCCGUGGCUUUGAAGAACACCGGUGCGGCACUCAGUGACUACGGCCACGGCGAGGUUGAAGCGGCCGAGACCGACCACCGGCAUCAACCCGACGAACACCAUCAUCCAAUGGGUGGGCCUGUUUCCGACGCCGCCAUGGACACCACCCUGCCUCCUCCGCCUCCACCGCCCAACUUCACGCCCAGCCCUAUCCAGCGUUCCUCGAGCAUGCCGGAGUUUCACCGGAAACCUGAUCGCAAGAAUCUGGAGCCAAUUACCAUGACUAUUCCUGAAGAUGAACCAACUGAUGGAGAUCGCGUUGGCGAAUCUGGUAAAGAUUUACAGGGGCCGACGAGGCGAAAUGGGGUUGGGGAGAUGACGCCCGAGGCGCCAUUGCCGCCGCAGACGCCGCCAGGGUUGAAGGGCAUGGCUUGGGAUUACUUCUUCAUGGUGGAUAAUAUGCCGGGACCAGCUUCGGAUGAAGGGGACGAGAUUGACGGAGAGAAUGAUGAGAAUGAGGGAGAAGAGUUCGACCAGAAGGAAAAUGCGGGAGGUGGGGGUAAUGAUUUAGAUGGAGAGAUUGAGCCGAAAACGCCGGAGAGAGUGGUUGAGAAAGUGGAGGAGACGCCGGUGAAGAAGGGGAAGCAGAUUGUUCAUGCAAAUACAGCUCCUUCAGAGUUUACAGUGCGGAAUAAUGCCGCUUCAAGUGUCAAUUUAUUGCGUAUUUUGAGAGCCAUUGACGAUUUUUUUCUCAAGGCGUCAGAGAGUGCCCAAGAGGUUUCGAAGAUGCUAGAGGCGACUCGCUUGCACUAUCACUCCAAUUUUGCAGAUAAUCGUGGGCACAUUGAUCAUUCUGCAAGGGUCAUGCGUGUUAUUACCUGGAAUCGUUCACUCAGAGGUAUGCCCAAUGGUGAAGGUGGCAAGGAUGAUUUUGAUUCAGAAGAAUAUGAGACUCAUGCCACUGUCUUGGAUAAGUUGUUAGCAUGGGAGAAGAAGCUGUAUGAUGAAGUAAAGGCAGGUGAGCUUAUGAAGCUUGAGUACCGGCGAAAGAUUGCUUUGCUGAACAAGCAGAAGAAGCGUGGUGCCAGUUCUGAAUCGCUGGAGAAAACUAAAGCAGCUGUAAGUCACUUGCAUACAAGAUACAUAGUUGACAUGCAGUCCCUUGACUCUACAGCUUCAGAAGUAAAUCAUUUACGUGAUGAUCAGUUGUACCCAAAACUUGUUGCUCUUGUUGAUGGGAUGGCCAAAAUGUGGGAAAACAUGUGCAUGCAUCAUGAUAGCCAGCUGAAUGUUGCUUCAGAGCUUAAAUCCCUGGAAAUUUCUCAUACUCCAAAGGAAACAAGCAAGCAGCACCAUGUGCAGACCCUCCAGCUUUGGAAGGUCAUCCAAGAAUGGCAUUUGCAAUUUGAAAAGCUUGUCACCCAUCAAAGACAAUAUAUCCGAGCCCUUAACGGCUGGUUGAAGUUAAAUCUCAUCCCCAUUGAAAGCAGCUUAAAAGAGAAAAUCUCAUCUCCACCAAAAAUCCAGAAUCCCCCAAUCCAAAUUCUCCUCCAUUCAUGGCAUGACUAUCUUGAAAAGUUGCCCGAUGAGAUUGCUAAAACAGCUAUUUCCUCAUUUGCUGCUGUGAUAAAAACCAUCAUUGUUCACCAGGAGGAAGAGAUGAAGCUAAAGGAGAAGUGUGAGGAAACCAGAAAGGAAUUUUUACGCAAGAAUCAGGCAUUUGAGGAGUGGUAUCAGAAGUACAUGCACCGGAGAACCCCACCCGAUGAAGCAGAUCCCGAAAGAAGUGUAGAUGCAAAUCCCACAGAUCCUGUUGCAGAGAGACAGUUUACGGUCAAGAGCUUGAAGAAGAAAUUGGAAGAGGAAGUGGAAGAUCAUGCGAGACACUGUGUACAGGUGAGAGAAAAAUCACUGGGAAGCCUCAAAACUCGUUUGCCGGAGAUCUUCAGGGCUAUGUCGGAUUAUGCCCAUGCUUGUUCUGAAACUUACCAGAGAUUGAGAUCCAUUUCGCAAAACACUAAGAGUGGUGCUCCUGCAUGACACAAUGUUUUUUGGUUCCAUUCCGUUUAUGUGAGCUUUAUGCUAGUUACUGUAACCCAGAAAGAACAUAGUUGUAAUCUGUGUUUUAAGAUAAUUUAGCUACCAUUUUUGCAUUAUAAA